AUGGUUACAAAACAAAAGAAAAAAAAACAGGAAUUGCGUAUCCCAGUGGUCUUGGCGCACCUAAUCUGUUUGAUCAGAGAAGGUUAUUUAAAUAGAUCACCAUUUCCAGCAGUCAACCCACUUUUUGGGUGUCCCCUUUUUCCCUUUUUCCCUCUUUCCCUCUUUCCCACUUUCCCUCCCCCCAUCCGUCACAUUUUUACCGUCUGUGUUCAUCCCACACAUCUACAGAGCACUCCACCGCUACCUGCCCUUCAUCUCACACGCCACGCCACACACUUUCGCCAGCGCUACCACACACACGUCCAUUUUUUCUGUCUCGGUCGCGUACUAUCUCAUCCCGUAUCCAUAUCUUAUUCUGAUCAUUAA